CGCACAGGCACACACCAAUACAAUAGCUUCAUCUCUUGUGGAGAAGAUUAGCAGAGGUGAUAAUUUGAUCAGUCCCACCGAUAAUUCCUCUCCCUUCUCUGGUCUCCGUCGAGAUCGAGGGCGUCCUUCUUCUCCUCCGACGAUCUCUUUCCAUGCCAACGAUGGACACCACAGACCGCGGCUCCUACGCGCAGCUGCCGGACGAUGCCGAGGCCGGGACCGCGCACCGGCGCAGGACCGGGCCUCUCUGUGCCGCGAUUCUCCUUACUUCGGCCGCGCUGCUGCUCGCUGUGGCCGCGCUCGCCGGCCAGCUGCCCGUAGCCGGCGUCAUCAUGUCCGGCCAGCCAACGACAGUAGACGUGGCGCCGACGACGAGCACCAGCAGCCGGGGCCCGGAGUACGGCGUCUCGGAGAAGACGUCCGGCGCCGGCGCCCACGGUGGCAUGCUGGGCGCGGACGCCGGCAACGCGUUCCCGUGGAGCAAUGCCAUGCUCCAGUGGCAGCGCACGGGGUUCCACUUCCAGCCCGAGAAGAACUGGAUGAACGACCCCAACGGUCCGGUUUACUACAAGGGGUGGUACCACCUCUUCUACCAGUACAACCCCGACGGCGCCAUUUGGGGCAACAAGAUAGCGUGGGGCCAUGCCGCCUCCCGCGACCUCCUCCGAUGGCGCCACCUCCCCGUCGCCAUGUCACCGGACCAGUGGUACGACAUCAACGGCGUUUGGUCGGGCUCCGCUACCGUCCUUCCCGACGGCCGCAUCGUCAUGCUCUACACCGGCUCCACCAACGCCUCCGUCCAGGUCCAAUGCCUCGCCUUCCCCACUGAUCCCUCAGACCCGUUGCUAAUCAACUGGACCAAGUAUGAGAACAACCCAGUGAUGUACCCGCCACCGGGUGUCGGAGAGAAGGACUUUAGGGACCCGACCACUGCAUGGUUUGACGGCUCCGAUGACACGUGGCGGCUCGUCAUCGGCUCCAAGGAUGACCGCCAUGCCGGCAUGGUCAUGACCUACAAGACCAAGGAUUUCAUCGACUACGAGCUUGUCCCGGGAUUGCUUCACCGGGUGCCGGGGACAGGGAUGUGGGAGUGCAUCGACCUGUACCCGGUCGGAGGCGUGAGAGGCAUCGACAUGACAGAGGCGGUGGCGGCAGCCUCCGCCAAUGGCGGUGACGAUGUGUUGCACGUGAUGAAGGAGAGCUCUGACGAUGACCGACACGACUACUAUGCGUUGGGGAGGUAUGACGCGGCAAAGAACACAUGGACACCGCUGGAUGUCGACGCCGAUCUCGGCAUCGGGUUGAGGUACGACUGGGGGAAGUUCUACGCAUCCAAGACCUUCUAUGAUCCGGCAAAGAAGAGGCGUGUGUUAUGGGGGUGGGUCGGCGAGACUGACUCCGAGCGCGCCGACGUCGCCAAGGGAUGGGCCUCGCUUCAGUCGACCCCUCGCACGGUGGUGCUGGACACUAAGACAGGAAGCAACCUCCUUCAGUGGCCGGUGGACGAGGUGGAGACGCUCCGGACCAACUCCACUGACCUUGGCGGCGUCACCAUUGACCGCGGCUCCGUCUUUGCACUCAACCUUCAUCGAGCCACCCAGCUAGACAUCGAGGCCUCCUUCCGCAUUGACCAGCUAGACAUCGCCGCCUCCAACGAGGCCGAUGUCGGCUACAAUUGCAGCACCAGCGGUGGCGCCACAGGGCGGGGCAUGCUCGGCCCAUUUGGCCUCCUUGUGCUUGCCGAUGCCAGGCGCCAUGGAGGUGACGCGGAGCGCACCGCCGUCUACUUCUAUGUCGCCAGGGGCCUUGACGGUGGCUUGCAUACACACUUCUGCCACGAUGAGACGCGCUCAUCUCAUGCCAACGACAUUGUCAAGAGGGUUGUAGGCAAUACCGUGCCGGUGCUUGAUGGCGAAGAGCUGUCAGUGAGGGUGCUGGUGGAUCAUUCGAUCGUUGAGAGCUUUGCGAUGGGUGGUAGGUUGACCGCAACAUCACGAGUGUACCCGACGGAGGCCAUCUACGCCAACGCUGGGGUGUACCUCUUCAACAAUGCCACUGGAAUUCGGGUCACCACCACUAGACUCGUGGUCCACGAGAUGGAUUCUUCCUACAACCAAGCCUACAUGGCACUGUAAAAACAAAAUGGGAUAACGUAUUUUUGUUCAGAAAAAAAGGUGAUAGAUAGCACAUUGUACGCAUGUUUUUACACAAAGGAAGUUCUCUCAUUUUUGUUGCUU